AUGGGCAAAUGCAUGUCGACCCCGAAGAUGGAGCUCCUCGACCUACCAAACGAAGUCCUGCAGGGGAUCUGUAACCAGCUGGACGGACCACAUUAUGUCGUGCUCGGCCAGAGCAUUUUCUCCACUCGCGACUUUAUACCAGACAGCCCGUCGCUGGCCAAGCUCUGCCUCGUAUGCAGGCGCCUCCGCGACAUGGCGCAGCCUGUCCUGUUCCGAAACUAUCAUCGAAGCGUGGAUUGGAACGACAGGUCCGAGCAAAGGCUCUUCGCCUUCACCGUCGCCGUCGCCAGGAACCCGCGGCUGGCCUCGUACGUCCGCACGGUGGACGCCGCGUACCUGCAGCCAAAUUGGGACACGAAAGGUGCGGGCGACGACGCCUUUGUUGCCGCCAUCGCCAAGGAACGGCUCGGCUUUCCGAGCGAGAAGGAUUUGGAUGGGGACCGCCGUCUUUACGGCCGGCCCAAGGAUUUCUUGUCCGAGGUGGUGCCGGCCCUGCUCUUGCUGCUUUGUCCGAAUCUGGAGGAGCUCAAGGUCGACGUCCCCGACUUGGACGCAGAGGACAAUGGUUGGAUUCGAGGCUGGCCCAACGGGCCCUGGCGUGACGCAGACCAGGUCGCCGAUCCGUCGGCCGGGCACCGCAGGAAGUUGGCCCUCGGCUCGCUGACGCUGGACUUUGGGUAUCAGGACAGCGAGGAGGAAGACAUGGUGAGCCCCGACCUGGCCUUGGUCGCUGAGAUUGUACGCUGCUCACCGCAGCUCCGACAGCUCAGGAUAAGCAACUGCCUGUGCCUGAUGGAGUCGGGCAAGCUCGCACUCGGCAACCUGACGCUCCUGCACCUGCACGACUGCGGCCUGGACCCCCGGAGCCUGCGCGACGUGCUCGAGGCGGCAGCGCGGCUCGAGACCUUCAGCUACACGCCGUUUGGGCUGUACUGCGAGACGAGCGAAGCCAGGCCCAUCGGCGACCAGACCCUCCCGAGGGAGGUGUUUGAAGCCCUGGCCGCCAGCCCGUCGCGCGAGACGCUCCUGCACCUGUCGGUCGACUUUCACUGCCCGGCCGAGGUGCUGGGAGACGGACAGGACCUGACGGGGUUCCUGGCGGCGCGGCCAGCGGCGUCGCCGUCGUCGCGAUUCCCCUUCCCGCGGCUGCAGACGCUCGUGGUGUCGGACGGCUGCCUGUACGGGCCCGGAUACCGCGGCGGGUCCCAGGUGCUGGCGGACGCGCUGCCGGCGGGCAUGAGGACGCUCGAGGUGGUGGGGGUUCAGGACCCGCUGAGGCCGCGCGACGACCUCGUGCGGGUGGCAAAGCGGUCCAGCGCGCUCGAGCUGCCCGAGAUGCGAGUCAUCUCGGUGCUGGAGGCCAGGGGGCAGACGCAGGAGAUCAGCACCGAGUGGGGACGGGAUUUUGGCUACGAGUCGCUGUUUGACGCGCUUGAGGAGGAGACUGGCGACGUGGCGAGGUGUCACUACUAUCAGCAGAAUAUCAACUCGUCUCUGAGCGUGUAG